GGGAGAGCAGGUAUAGUGAAUGCAGGGUCCGGGAAGGGCGAAUAUAGUGAAUGCAGGGUUCGGGGAGAGUAGAUAUAGUGAAUGCAGGGUCCAGGAAGACCUGAAAUAGUGAAUGCAGGGUCCGGGAAGACCAGCUAUAGUGAAUGCAGGGUCCGGGAAGACCAGAUAUAGCGAAUGCAGGAUCCGGGGGGGACCAGAUAUAGUGAAUGCAGGGUCCGUGAAGGGCGAAUAUAGUGAAUGCAGGGUUCGGGGAGAGUAGAUAUAGUGAAUUCAGGGCCCAGGAAGACCUGAUAUAGUGAAUGCAGGGUCCGGGGAGACCAGAUAUAGUGAAUGCAGGGGUCCGGGAAGACCAGAUAUAGUGAAU